AUGCAAUUAGCCAGGUAUUUUGAGGGAGUUAGGCCGCCCCUGACUGUUGGUGAGCCCGACAUGGUAAAACUAGUACUCGUGAAGGACUUUCCGAUACUGUGCAACAGGCGGCUGAUCAACUUUUUCGAUCCGAUUCUGGACAACAUGAUGGCUACAGCACCCAUCGACCUCUGGAGAAAGAUAAGGCCCUCGUCAAGUCCUGCCUUCACGACAGCGAAAAUGCGCCGGAUGAACGACUUGAUUCAGGCGUGUGCCAAAGUCACAUCAGAGCACCUUAAGAAAGUCGCUGAGAAGGACAAAGACGUGGAUGUCAAGCGGUUUUAUGGCCAUUACGCACUGGACGUGAUAGCGAAGUGCGCAUUCGGCACCGAGCUUGAGUCGCACAGAGAUCCAGACAGCGAGUUUGUGACAAAUGCUUCGAAAGCCUUUUCCGGUGGAAUAAACCUGGCGGUGAUAUUAUUUGUCCUGUGCCCAGGAUUAGUAAAAGUGUUGAAGGCUAAACUUCUAAACACCGAACCAUUUCGGUAUUUCAAGGAAGUCUGCAGAGCAAUUAUUAAAGAAAGAAGACAGCAGCAGCGACGCCACGAAGACUUCUUGCAACUCAUGAUGGAUGCCCAGGAAGGAACUCUUAUCGGCUCGGGGGAGACUUCGCCCGGAAAAGAGUGCACGGAAAUAUUCGACCUUGAUUCUGACGUCAAGAACAGCGUAAAGUUUGUUACAAGAGCAUUGUCUGAAGACGAAGCCCUGGCUCAAUGCGUGCAGUUCUUUGUCGCCGCCCACGACGGCCUUUCAACAGUACUCGCCUGCGCAGCCUACCUACUCGCGCUUAAUCCCGAAGCUCAGGAAAAGCUUCGCAUAGAGGCGGAUGAGUGCUUCACAGUCCAUGGUCAGAAUCCAAGUUUCGACGUCAUCUCUAGACUGCCUUACUUGAAUUGUGUCGUCUCGGAGACCAUGAGGCUGUAUCCGCCGGCUCCACGGCUUGACAGGACUGCGUCCAAGGACUACGUUAUGGGUGUCACAGGAAUCAGGGUUCCCAAAGAGAGCAUCGUCACGGUUCCUAUCUACGCCAUGCACCAUGACCCAGAGUUCUUCCCCGAUCCUGACAAAUUCAUUCCCGAGAGAUUCAGCCCAGAAAACGCUGCUUCUAUACGACCUUACACUUACCUGCCUUUCGGAGCGGGUCCUCGCAACUGCAUAGGCAUGCGCAUGGCUUUGCAGACCGUGAAGUUGUGCCUUCUUCAUUCUGUGCACACUGUGCAGUUUGCACCGGCUGAAAAUGCAAAGGAACGUCUUGAAUUCGUCAAAGGAAUAGGAAUCCUCAAACCCAAGAAGGUCACCGUCGGAAUCAUCAAAAAGAUGAGACGUCUGAGUUGUGACGCUUGUAUUCGUUUUCUUUUUGGCAUUCUCCCCCCCACUCAAGACACAACAGCGGAUGCACCACGUUCCCAUAAACAGACGAGAGACUGACAUCAUUCUUGCACUUUUCUGGGACGAAAUAAAUGAUCGACUGACAACCAGGA